AGGCCGGCCAGGCCAGGGGGUCCUGCGCCCGGUGGCCGCUUCCGCGCCGCGUGUCUCGGCCAGCCCCCGCGGAUGCUCUCCGGCUGCUUCCUCAUCCUCCUGCCGCUUCCCCUUUCGGUCUCCGGGGCGGCCGCGCAGGGAUCCUCGCCCUCGCCCUGCCUUUCACUUUCGGCCCCGCCAUGGAGCCCAACAUCCACGAGCCCCUCCUGGGCAGGGAGCCCGGCGAAGACUACCAAGCCGUGGGCCAGCAGGACGCCCGGCAGCUGGAGAAGGACUACUACCGGGCGCUGCGCAACGGGCGGCUCCUCCUGGCCGCCUUCGCGGCCGUGCUGGGCAACUUCAGCUUCGGCUUCGCGCUGGUCUACACCUCGCCCGUCAUCCCGAUCCUGGAGGACACGCCGCUGCCGGCCUUGCGCCUGACGGACCACACGGCCUCCUGGUUCGGGUCUGUGUUCACCCUGGGAGUUGCUGCAGGUGGCUUGGGCACCAUGUACCUUAACGAUCGCCUGGGUCGCAAGUUGAGCAUCAUGUUCUCCGCUAUCCCUUCUGUCCUUGGGUACCUCUUCAUGGGCAGCGCACAAGAGGUCUGGAUGCUGCUGGCGGGCAGGCUGCUGACGGGGUUUGCAGGCGGUGUGACGUCCGCCGCCAUACCGGUCUACAUUUCUGAGAUCUCUCACCCUGGGAUCCGAGGCGCUCUGGGUUCCUGUCCUCAGAUUAUGGCUGUCUUGGGUGCCCUCGUCCUCUACGCUUUAGGCCUCGUUCUUCCCUGGCGCUGGCUGGCUGUGGCCGGGGAAGUGCCAGUCCUCCUCAUGCUCUCCUUGCUGUGCUUCAUGCCCGACUCGCCGCGUUUCCUGAUCUCCAAGGGGAAGGAGGACGAAGCACUGAGCGCCUUGGGCUGGCUGCGGGGGCAGGAUACCAAUUACUGGUGGGAGUAUGAACAGAUCAAAGACAGCGUGAAGGAGCAGAGCAAACCAAUUACUUGGGCGGAGCUCAAAGACCCCUACAUCUACAAGCCAGUGGCAAUCACCUUGCUGAUGCGGUUCCUGCAGCAACUCUCUGGCGUCACGCCCAUCCUUGUGUACUUGCAGGUGAUCUUCAAAAGCACAGCUGUCAUCCUGGCACCGCAGUACGAUGCUGUUAUCGUGGGGGCCGUGCGCUUAGCAUCGGUGAUUGUUGCUGCAUCCUCAAUGGAUAGAGCUGGAAGAAAGAUCCUCCUGUACAUCUCAGCUUUCAUCAUGCUUGUAUCCAACCUGACCUUGGGCUUCUACAUCCACUACGUCCCUCUGCAUCUCCACAACGCCUCUGUGACAGCCGUCAAUGGCAGCCAUGAGAGCCUGGCCUCCCACCCAGCGAACGGCCUCACCGUCCUUCCCUUGAUUGCCACCAUGUUCUUCAUCAUAGGUUACGCCAUGGGUUGGGGACCUAUCACCUGGCUGCUGAUGGGCGAGGUGCUCCCCCUGAAGGCACGAGGGGUGGUGUCGGGCCUCUGUGUGCUCGUGAGCUGGUUGACUGCCUUCGUCCUGACGAAAGUCUUUUUGUUGGUUUCGAGAUCCUUCGGCCUGGAGGUGCCUUUCUUUUUCUUCAGCACCAUCUGUUUGGUGAACCUGAUUUUCACAAAACGCUUAGUUCCUGAAACCAAAGGCAGGUCCUUGGAGCGGAUUGAAUCAUACUUCCGGACUGGGCGGAAGUCCUUUCUGGAAUCCUUUCGGCGACAUCAAUGAACUCGCAACAAAUCAAGAGAGGUGGACAGGAGAGAUUUUUGAGGCCAGCAUGGACUGGCCAACUGUGGCAACUGAUCUCCAAGUGAAGAAGAGCAAGUGCUACUUUUUAAAUAGGGGGGGGGGACUCAUUGGCACCGGCUAAGUUGCUUAUGGCCAAGUGCUAGUGUAGCAUAGGGGUCUGCUCCAGGAAGCAGGAAACCUGUUUGCAUCCUGCACUGACCAUGAGCUCGCGAGGCAGUCUUAGGGAAGCCAGUCUCCCUUCAAGACAGCCCUUCUGCAAAAUGGGAGCAGGGCUAACUCACCCUGCCAGGUUGUCAGAAAGAUUCCUGAGAGAAUUGCCAGGGGUGCUCAGAUCAUCUGAAUAGUCACCCAAAGGUUGCCAGGGGCACAGCCAAGCCCACAUGACUCCAAAUAACAGAAAGAGCUAAAAAGUCACAGCCCAGGAAUCUUUGAGGCUUUGUAACCAGCAGCACUACUGCCUAAAAAGGGCUCUCUCUGCCUGUCCCUACAGGCAAUGUUUGCUUGCUGCACACACAUCUGUACUACUAAGGAGGCAGUGGCGGGAGGCAGCUCGCUCAUGGCCAAGCUGGAUGAGAAGCUAACAGACCCGUUGGGGGAGGGAAGGUGUCACGCUGAUUUUCUGGGGUGAUUUAAAGGGUCUGUUUGCAUUGAUUUGAUUAUUUAAAGGUAACAUUUUGGAUCAGUCACAUUUAUGGCACGUGAUUGUACAGGAACACACUUGGUUAACCAGCACUUGCAUAAUUUAUUUUGGAUUUCUUCCCCCCUCCCCAAUAAAUCAAACUUUUCCUCUGUGCCUCAGCAAAAAAAUGCAGUAAUUUCUGGGGCAAAUCAGGAAGGUGGUGGGGAAGAGAGGGGGAAAAAUACUGGAAAUGAAACCUUGGCUCCUGCUCCUGUUCACAUCUCAAGCUGCUGGUUGGAGGCACAAUGAUGGGCUGGUUGAAAAAGCUGGCAAGCGUGGUGGUGUCUGCCGGUCAGGAUUAGAUA